CCUUUUUCCUCAAAUUUUUUCUAUUCUCUCCGUCCAAACACACUUAACACUGUCAUUCCCUUUCUUUUCUCUCCAAACCCCUCUAAAUCCAUCAAUCCAAACGAAGCCUUAAUUAACAUGUUGAACGGCUGUGAUUUAUCCUAUCAGCGUCGCAUGAGGGUGUACGAACCUAAGAACUGGCCUUUGAACAAAUGGAGCAUGAAGAUUCGGUGGUUUUAUUCGCUCCAGAAACCUCUUCACCAACUACCUUACCUGCUAUUUGAACAAUCCAUUUCUUGUCCCCAUUUUAUCUGCUCCUCUAAACAUAUACAAACCUCCUCUAUAUCUAUCGGAGACCCACAAAACACCUCCAGUAUUUUAAGCUUAAUCCAAGAUGACAACUUUGCUGAAACCUCUAUUUCCUACUCAAAGCUCUUGUCACAAUUCUGCCAAACCAAGUCUCUAAGACCCGGACUACAAAUCCAUACUCACAUAACCAAAGUUGGAUUAUCUGGAGACACGAAGAUCCGGAACCAUUUGAUUCAUCUCUACUCAAAGUGUCGAAAUUUUGGGUAUGCCCGUAAGCUGAUCGACGAAAGUUCCGAACCAGAUUUGGUUGCUUGGUCUGCUUUGGUAUCUGGGUAUGCUCAGAAUGGGCUCGGCGAAGAAGCCCUUUUGGCUUUCCGUGAAAUGCACUCGUUGGGUAUUAGGUGUAAUAAUUUUACUUUCCCAAGUGUGCUUAAGGGUUGCUCGAUUGCCAAGGACUUGAAUCUUGGGAAGGCAGUUCAUGGGAUUGUGGUUGUCACUGGGUUUGAGAACGAUGUGUUUGUCGCGAAUACUUUGGUUGUUAUGUAUGCAAAAUGUGGUGAGUUAGUGAAUUCGAGGAGAUUGUUUGAUGGGAUUCCUGAACGGAAUGUUGUGUCCUGGAAUGCACUGUUUUCUUGUUAUGUGCAGAAUGAUCUUUUUGGAGAAGCAGUGAGUUUGUUUCAAGAAAUGGUUUCAGGUGGAAUAAAACCAGAUGAGUAUAGCUUGUCAAGUAUAUUAAAUGCUUGCACAGGGCUGGAGGAUAUUGAUCAGGGAAAUAUAAUCCAUGCACAUUUGAUAAAGCUUGGAUAUAAUUCUGAUCCAUUCUCGUUAAAUGCACUUGUUGACAUGUAUGCAAAAGUAGGAAGUCUUCAAGAUGCAAUUGCAGUUUUUGAAGAAACUGCAGAACCUGAUAUUGUUUCCUGGAAUGCUAUUAUCGCUGGUUGUGUUCUUCAUGAAUACCAUGAUUGGGCUUUGGAGUUGUUUGGGCAAAUGAAAUGGUCACGAAUUCGCCCAAAUAUGUUCACCUUAUCAAGUGCUCUGAAAGCUACUUCUGGCUUGAGGCUUCAAGAUUUGGGUAGAGAGUUACAUUGUAGUUUAAUAAGGAUGAAUAUAGAAUUAGAUCCAUUUGUGAGUGUUGGGUUAAUUGAUAUGUAUUGCAAGUGUGAUUUGAUGAAGGAUGCGAGGAAUGUUUAUGAUUUGAUGCCAGAGAAGGACUUGAUUACACUGAAUGCUAUAAUAUCUGGAUACACACAUAAUGGGAAUGAUAUGGAAGCUCUUUCCCUUUUUGCUGAGAUGUACAAUAAAGGAAUAGGAUUCAAUCAGACAACUUUAUUUACAGUACUCAACUCUGCAGCUAGCUUGCAAGCUGCCAGUGUUUCUGGACAAAUUCAUGCACUUGCUGAAAAAUCAGGGUUUCAAUCUGAUAUUUAUGUUGUAAACAGCCUUAUUGAUUCAUAUGGAAAAUGCAGUCAUGUAGAAGAUGCAGCAAAAGUAUUUGAAGAAUGCCCAUUUGGAGACCUGGCUUCUUUUACAUCUAUGAUCACGGCUUAUUCUCAGUAUGGACAAGGAGAAGAAGCUCUAAAGCUCUAUUUGAGAAUGCAAGACAUGGAGCUCAAGCCAGAUCCAUUUGUUUGUAGUUCUCUCCUGAAUGCUUGUGCAAAUCUAUCUGCAUAUGAACAAGGGAAACAAAUACAUGUUAACAUCUUGAAGUUGGGAUUCAUGUCAGAUGUUUUUGCUGGGAAUUCUCUUGUCAAUAUGUAUGCCAAAUGUGGAAGUAUAGAUGAGGCCGAGUGUGCUUUCUAUGAGAUACCUGAUAAAGGUAUUGUCUCAUGGUCUGCAAUGAUAGGUGGACUUGCUCAACAUGGGCAUGGAAAAGGGGCCCUCCAUUUGUUCAAUGAGAUGCUUAAACAUGGUGUUUCCCCCAACCAUGUAACUUUAGUCAGUGUCCUUUGUGCAUGUAAUCAUGCAGGUUUGAUAGCUGAAGCAAAACAAUAUUUUGGAACAAUGAAAGACCUAUUUGGGAUUGAACCAAUGCAAGAACAUUAUACUUGCAUGAUUGAUCUCCUCGGCCGAGCUGGGAAAUUGGAUGAAGCAAUGGAUCUUGUAAAUAAGAUGCCAUUUGAAGCCAAUGCCUCUGUUUGGGGGGCACUUCUUGGUGCAGCGAGAAUUCAUAAGAACACUGAGCUAGGCCAACGUGCUGCCAAGAUGCUUUUCACUCUUGAACCAGAAAAAUCCGGUACCCAUGUUCUUCUUGCAAACAUUUAUGCAUCAGCAGGCAUGUGGGAAAGUGUCGCAAAGGUAAGAAGACUGAUGAAAGACAGCAAUGUGAAGAAGGAACCAGGGAUGAGCUGGAUUGAGGUGAAAGACAAAGUAUACACAUUUAUUGUUGGAGACAGAAGCCAUUCUAGAAGUGAGGAGAUAUAUGCAAAGCUUGAUGAGCUGAAUGACCUGAUAAAUAAAGCUGGUUAUGUUCCCAUGGCGGAGAUUGAUCUCCAUGAUGUGGAACGGAGUGAAAAGGAGCUUCUUCUUUCCUACCACAGCGAGAGGCUUGCUGUGGCUUUUGGGCUGAUUGCUACUCCACCAGGAGCUCCCAUUAGGGUGAAGAAGAACCUUCGAGUUUGUGUGGACUGCCAUACCGCAUUCAAGUUCAUUUGUAAAAUUGUUUCAAGGGUGAUUAUUGUUAGAGACAUUAAUAGAUUUCACCAUUUCAGGGAUGGAUCAUGUUCUUGUGGGGAUUACUGGUAAUAUUUAUUGAGGGUCAGUGCUAUUCUUUGUGCUAGAACCAUUCUUUGUGUUGACCCAUUCUCUAAGUGAAAAGGUGAGACUGCAGACUGCUACAUUGGGAAUUUGUGAUUUCUGUUUCGACACUCAUGUUUUUGAAGCUAAGCUUUUCAGAACAUGUUCAGGUUGCCAAAGGACAUUCGGCACCUUUAAAACAAGUUAAGAGUUUCAGAACAUGUGAUCCAAAGUGAUCAGAAGAGCAGUAUAUAAACCCCAAUAUUUCAGAUUCUUCUCAUCCCCUCAAAAUCAUAUUGCUCAAGGCCAUGUUGACUUUUAGAUUGGCAGGUUUCAGUUCCAAAUGGGACUCUUCAAUCCUCUUGGACAGAAUGCCAUAGGCAGACAUGGGAUAUGAAGUUGCACCAUUCGUUGUCUGCUAAUGAUCUUUUAGAGGUCUUUAUACUUCCUAGUUCAUCUUUCAUAGAGUUAAUGCAAUUCUAUAUGCCUUCGUCAAGCAAUUUUGCUUGUUUUUAAUUGGUUUAUGCGUUUUCUCAUCUAAGAUAAAUUCAUGAUACCGUAUCUGCGUUUUUU